CGAGCCACCCAAAAGCCAAAAUUAAAAAUAAAUUUAUUUUCGUCUCCUUCUUCUUCAUCUGGGUGGGUCGACUUUUCAUUGCUUGCAGGCGCCCAUUCUCUCUCCUAUUUCUUUCCAAAAAAAAAAUUCUCUAUUUUCUGUGUAAUAAUCUUAAUUGCAGGAUUUGAGUUUGAGGGAGAUAAUGGCAGCAGGAGGAGGAGGUGGCGGCACAAAUAGUAGUUUGAGGAAAUAUUUGGGAUCCAUCAAGGAUACCACCACCAUUAGCUUGGCUAAAGUAAAUAGUGGCUACAAGGAGCUAGAUAUAGCAAUUGUCAAGGCUACUAAUCAUGUUGAGCAACCGGCAAAAGAGAGACACAUAAGAGCAAUAUUUGCAGCAGUUUCAGCUACAAGACCUCGGGCCGAUGUUGCAUAUUGCAUACAUGCUCUCGCUAGGCGCUUAUCAAGAACACAUAAUUGGGCGGUUGCUUUAAAAACUUUGAUUGUUAUUCAUCGUGCAUUGAGGGAAGUGGACCCGACCUUCCACGAGGAGCUUAUUAACUAUGAAAGGAGCAGAAAUCAUAUGCUCAACAUGUCGCAUUUCAGAGAUGAUUCAAGUGCAAGUGCAUGGGAUUACUCUGCCUGGGUUCGUGCUUAUGCCUUGUUUUUGGAAGAAAGGCUGGAAUGUUUUCGUGUCUUGAAAUAUGAUGUUGAGACAGAACGCCCUAGAACAAAGGAUCUUGAUACAGUUGACUUGCUUGAUCAAUUACCAGCAUUACAACAACUUCUUUACAGGGUUCUUGGUUGCCAGCCUGAAGGAGCUGCAGUUCAUAAUCAUGUUAUCCAAUUCGCACUUUCCAUGGUAGCUUCAGAAAGCACUAAAAUCUACAGCUCCAUCAGUGAUGGUACAGUUAACCUAGUUGACAAGUUCUUUGAGAUGCAACGAAGUGAUGCACUCAGGGCCCUCGACAUAUAUCGUAGAGCAGGGCAACAGGCUGAAAGACUGUCAGAGUUCUAUGAAGUAUGCAAGAGCCUUGAUGUUGGGCGUGGAGAGAGGUUUACUAAAAUUGAGCAGCCUCCUGCAUCAUUCUUACAAGCCAUGGAGGAGUACGUGAGAGAAGCACCUAGAGGUUCAACUUUCCGCAAAGAACAGGUGAAGCAUGUGGUUGAUGAAAAAUCUAUCGUAGUCCUAGCAAUUGAGGACAAAGAUGUUACUGAUGUUAAGGAGGAACGCCCACCAUCACCUCCUCCUCCUGAACCAGUCAAGGAGGUCAAACCUGUGACUGAAGUUCCCGAUUUAUUGAGUAUGGACGAUCUUAAGCCAGUAGCUUCAGAUUUGGAGGAGAAGAAUGCAUAUGCUCUUGCUAUUGUUCCAAUUGAUGAUCUAUCAACCACACCUCCAGCUCCCAAGCUAGAAAAUGGCUCGACAGGAUGGGAACUGGCACUCGUUACUGCACCAAGCUCAAAUGAGAGUGCCGUUGCCAGUACCAAACUGGCUGGAGGAUUGGAUAAGUUAACACUAGACAGCCUAUAUGACGAUGCAAUGAGAAGAACCAACCAGACGACAAGCUACAAUCCAUGGGAGCCUGCUCCAUUGACCAAUCCAAUGAUGCAGCAACCCGUCCAUGGUCAGUUUUACGCCUCAAAUGCAAUGGUUGCACCACAUUCUGUUCAGAUGGCUGCAAUGGUCAAUCAACAACAAGCAUUCAUGUUGCAGCAGCAGCAGCAGCAACAACAACAGAUGAUGAUGAGCCAACAACAUCAACAACCUAUGAACCCUUUUAACAACGGGUCUUAUGCAGCCAACCCUUACCCCUAUGGUCCUGGCAUGCCCAUGCAAACAUAUAACCCAUACACGGGAAUGUUAUGAGUUUUCACGUGGAUUAUUCGUUACAAACAUAAGAGAAUGAGAGAACAGAUGACAACGGGUAUAUUUGAAAGUUGUUUGUGUACCAUAUUUUUGUUUAUGUUUAGAUAGGGAUAGCAGGCUUAUUGUUUGAUAAUCAUAGGGAGGAUAUACAUUUGAAUUUUAUUGAUCAUUCUUGGUGGAACUCUAGUUUAAUAAACGAUGUAAUUUUUCGACCUGCUAAUUUGUUGAAUAUGUUGAUCGAGCAGGUGCUCUGAAUCAUUAUCACAUUCUUCAGUAGUGUAUCGCCUGCGAUUUGAAUUAGAUUUGUACUGAAAAAAGUUACUUUGUUUGCAUAAGUUCA